UCCGGGCGAGGAACCGGACUUGGGAGCCCGCGGCGGCGCUCCCGGACCUCCGGUCGCUCUAGGCCGCGCCGCUCCACUGCCUGCCGGGCCACAUCUCCCUGCGCGAAUCCGAGGCUCCCGGCCCCGCCUCCCGGCGGCUCCCGCUAAGCGCACGCGCCGUUGGCCGACGCGGGGGUAGGCGGUCGGCUGGAGGAGCGCGCGGCCAUGCCUGCCCGGGGGGAUCCCGCCCGCGUGUCUAUUAUCCUCCCAGUCCACAAUGCUGAGCCGUGGCUGGACGAGUGCUUGAGGUCUGUUCUGCAGCAGGACUUUGAAGGCCCCAUGGAACUCUCGGUUUUCAACGAUGCCAGCAAGGACAAGUCUAUGACUAUCGUUGAAAAAUGGAAAGAGAAGCUAGAAGGUUCCGGGAUCCUCGUGGUCAUUGGAGGGCAUGAUUCUCCUUCUCCCCGAGGAGUUGGAUAUUCUAAAAAUCGAGCAGUAGCACAGAGCUCAGGGUCUUACCUUUGCUUUUUGGAUUCGGACGACGUGAUGAUGCCUCAGAGGGUGAGGCUGCAACACGAAGCUGCUGUUCGCUGCCCGGCGAGUAUCAUAGGUUGCCGAGUGAGCAGAGAGCCCCCCAGCUCCACGGAACGAUACACACGUUGGAUCAACCAGCUCGAGCCCCAUCAGCUUCUCACCCAGGUUUUCACCUCCAACGGCCCAACCGUGAUCAUGCCUACCUGGUUCUGCUCUCGAGCGUGGUUCUCCCACGUGGGCCCGUUUGACGAGGGCGGGCGGGGCGUGCCCGAGGACCUGCUCUUCUUCUACAGCCACCUCAGGAAGGGCGGCGGGGUCGUGCGAGUGGACCAGAGCCUCCUCCUGUACCGCUACCACCCGCACGCGGCCACACACGCCGUCCUCGAGACCACCAUGUGGAUGCACCGCGUCCGCUUCCUGGAAGAGCGGGUCCUGCCACACUGGGCGGCCUUCACCAUCUGGAAUGCUGGCAGGCAGGGCCGCUGGCUCUACCGCAGCCUGACAGACGGAGCACGGCGCAAGGUUGUGGCCUUUUGCGACGUGGAUGAGAAGAAGAUCAGGAAGGGCUUCUACUGCUACGAGGACUCUCAGGAAAAGCCCAAGCCCCGGGUUCCGAUCCUGCACUUCCGAGCUGCACGGCCGCCCUUCGUAAUCUGCGUGAAGCUGGACCUCACGGGGGGUGCAUUUGAGGACAACCUGAGGUCACUGGGUCUGCAGGAGGGCCGAGACUUCGUUCACUUCAGCUGAUGGACCCACAGCAGCUGCCCCCAGAAGCCGCUUGCUUGGCUUUCUGCAGCCAAGGCCCGGAUGCUGCUCUGUGGUGGUGGCUCCGGUUCCCCAGCAGAUACGAGAGCAGAACCACAUGCGGCCGCCCUGCAGCAGAGCCUUCCAGCCAGCGUGGCCUCCCACGGCCUGAGGCUGGGUCUGGACACAGGCACCACGUCAUAUGGGAUCCCUCCCGUGUGACCUCUGCCAGGG